UUCAGCUGCUGGAGUCUGUAACACGGUAUGAGCUGCACACAGCGUUAGCCAUGGCAGGCUAAUGUUACUAGCUCCAGCCUACAGUCUGCUUCUUGUUUAGGUCAGCCUACAGGUAGCCAGGCUGUGUGGAUAGAUUUAGAUAGAUAGUCUUCUGCGCUUUUAAUAAGACUUGGUGUCUGAAUUUUGUUUAUAGCUGAUCGUCAAAAGUACACUGCUCUGACUUUGCAUGACAAACGCCAGGAGGAAAGAAUGUCCGAUAACGAACGCACAGGCGAGAUGACAUCCUCCGCCCUCUGCCAGUCGCCACCCUUCAUUCCGAACCUGGAGCCUGGGAUGGGGAAGUCUGCAGCCAUGCUGGGCUUGUCUGCUGGGCUGGGGGGUGCAGAGAUGGAGCUGCAGAAGAUGCUUAUUGAUGAGAGGAUGAAGUGCGAAAACCACAGGACCAACUACAAAACACUGAAGGCUGAACACACCAGCCUGCAGGAGGAGCUGACCCGGGCGCAGGGAGAGCUGAGGCGCCUGCUGAGUGACAGACAGGCUCAGCAGGAGAAACUGCAGCUGCUGCUGGCCGAGCUCCGGGGAGACCUGCUGGACAGAACCAGGGAGCUGGAGGAGCUUCGGCUGCAGGUGAUGACCCCCCAGCGGCUGGAGUUGCUCAGAGCUCAGGUGCAGCAGGAGAUGGAGGCUCCAGUCAGAGAGAGGUUCAAUAAACUCGAGGAGGAAUCCGAGAAGUACAGGUCUGAGUACAACAAGCUGCGGUAUGACUUCACUUUUCUCAAGUCCCAGUUUGACCAUCAGAGGGAAGAACAUGCUCGUACUCUGGAGGAGAGGAGGAUCCGCUCUGAAGCAGAGGUGUCUCGUCUGGAGAAGGAGCGGGAGGAGCUGCUUGCUCAGUACCAGGGUUCAGACCCGCUGCGUGAUGGCAGACGGGUGGAGGCUCUGCUGAGGGAGAAGGCUCAGCUCCACCUGCGGCUGAAGGGCCUGGAGGCAGAGGGGGCGGAGCUCCGGGCCCAGAGAGAGAACUCAGGCCAGCAGGCGGAGAACGUCCAGCGCAUCCAGAUCAGACAGCUGACAGAGAGUCAGGCGGCGGUGAAGUCCAUGGAGGCGGAGCGUCAGUCUCUGCGUCUGCAGCUGGAGCGGAUGGAGAGCGAGCUUCACCUUACACAGGAGCAGAGCAGCCAGCUGAGCGGGAGGCUGCACCGAGCGGAGAGGGAGGGGGCUAGUCUGAGCGGACAGAUUGAAAGCCUGAAGCAUUCCCAUAAACUGGAGGUGGACAGCACCAGGUUCGAGUGUGCCCGCUCUAAAGGGGAGCUGGAGAGGGAGAGAGACACACUGCUGGGGCAGGUUGAUGGUCUGCAGGCAGAUGUGGAGUUGAUGAAGACUUUGGCAGAGAGACACAAAGAACUUCUGGUUGAGAAAGAGAGGGAGUUAGUGAGGAGGGUGCAGGCUGCCCGUGAGGAGGAGCUCCGGAAAACUGCCAUCCUGCACGAGGAGAAGCUGGAGGUGGAGAGCCGUCUUGCAGCUCUGGAGCAGCAGAGGGCGCUGCAGGCUGCUGCAGAGCACGGCCAGCAGGAGGAGCGGGAGCAGCGGCUCCGGAGCUGCCAACAGGCCGAGGAGUCUGUCCGCAGAGAGCUGCUCUCCCUCAGAGGCAAGCUCCAGCAGCAGAGCGUCCAGCAGGAGGAGCUGGAGAGGCAGAGAGCAGAGACGGCUGACCUGCAGCAGCAGAACCAGGAACUAGGUGUUCAGCUUGGCACGCUGUCUCACUCUGAGAGCGAGCUGCUGGAGGCAAACCAGCGCCUGAGAGAAACCCUGGAGCGCCUGAGGGAGGACGUGAGGGGGGCUCGGGCUCAGGCUGAGAGGAGCCAGCAGGAGGCAGAGAGGCUGGUGGAGGAGCGUCGGGUGGAGUGGGUGGAGGAGAAACACAAACUGCAGGAGCGAGACGCUGAGCUGCAGCACAAAUACUCUCAGCUGAAGGAGAAGCUGCAGAGGGCGGCGGCGGCACAGAAGAAGAGGCGAGCGCAGACGGAGCACAGAGACAAGUGGCUGCAGGAGAAGCUGCAGCUGAAGGAGGCCAGGAUUCAGGAGCUGGAGCUGGGCGCUGCUGCUGCUGCUGCUGCCAACAAACGCUCCUCUUCCUCAGAGGAGCAGCCUCCGCUCAGCAGGCGGAUGAAGGAGCUGCAGCGUCGACACAAUGAGUUUCGACGCCUCCUAUUGGGGGGCCAUGCUCCCUACAGCGCCGGCCACGCCUUCCUGACCUCCACAUCCACCCCCCCCCUCCCCGGGUCUGAGGCCCAGCAGGCCAACAUCCCAGAGGAGCAGCACCAGAGGGAGCUGGCUCUGCUGCGCCGCCGGCUGGAGGACCUGGAGAGCGCCCAGCAGCAGCAGCUGCAGGACCUGGGCUCUCUGAGGGACCCCCCCCAGCCUGACCUCUGACCCCAUUGGAACUGCAUUAGCAAGGACCCCAGCAGUGUUUUUAUAUCAAUGGAAGCAUCAUUUAUUGGCGUAUUUAAACAAAGUAGAGGUGAGAAGAGAGGCCAGCGUUUACAUGUGUUUCUAUCAUUGGAAGGCAGCUUCAUGUCAAAGUGAGCCUGGCAUCCUCAGGGUUGAAUUCUGUGUUUAGAUGUUUGUUGUUUACACACAUUUGUUCUGAAGCUUUCUGUGAAAAAACAAAGUUUUUAUACAACGAUUUAAAUAACAUGGCUCUUCCAUCUGAGAAUUGCACAAUGUAUAUACACAGAGUUCAUGUCAUAUAUUGAAAUAAAUGAUUAGAAGAUA